GUUUUCGGCACGAAAUUCGAAAACAGGAAAAAUGGCGAUGAGAGAGGUGGAGGACAGCUUGUUGGAUAGCCCAAUAUCAAUUCACAGCUUCCGUAGAUCGAUGCCAUUAAGAGCGUCAAAGAUUAACAUAGGGCCAUUUCGGGCGACCCAGAUUUGGAAUGAAAUCAUAACCCACCUGAAGACCCACGUGGAGGUCAAGAGACGGCGCUACAAGAUGAGGACGUACGACAACAGCUUCUCCGGCGCCCAUGCCGUGGACGUGGUGAUGACGUAUUUACUCAGCGAGAAGAACACAUUCAGUACGGAUCUGUCCAGGGAGAAGGCGGUCAAGCUAUGUCAGUCUCUGAUGGAUCGUCGGGUUUUCUGUUCAAUCAGUAACCGCACCAGCGAGAUCAAGAAAGUAUUUGAUGACAGCCACCACAAGCUGUACCGAUUUGUGGGAAUGGAUAUUCCAGAAAGUCAGGAGAAUUCUAACUCCACCAUCAUAGAGACCAGCUCCUCCGACGAGGACCAUGAUUAUUCCAUCAUGGAGGAUUGCCGUGGCAACCAGUCCAUUAGGCUGCGGUCGGAUGUGGAGCAGGGGGGUGUUUUAGAUGACAGUGUGAUCUGUAAUCCCAUCGCCGUCAACAAGAAAGGGCAAGUCCUACAAGAGAUCAUCUCCCUUCAUCACUCCUUAACCCGAAGACGAAGUCGCAGCUCGCUCAAGUGUGACACCUCCAUACUGAGUCGCAGUGGUCACAACGAAUCUGGUAUACCACCUGAAGUAAUGGAAUCUCUUUGGAGGGAAGUAGCACUGUGCCAACUUCUAACCCUUGUGGAGAUUCCAUUUCUAGAGGGCCUGUUAUCGGAGGAGAAAUCCAGCAAAAAGAGUCUCAAGCAGAAUGUCAUGAUCACCAGCUCUGUCUCCAAUCACUACAACAGCGUCAGCAUCAACAACAUCACUGACCCCUUCAUGCGGACAGCUGUGGGCUGCAUAGAGUGUCUUCCCAAUGGAUUACUAGUGCUAGAAAAAGACUUUGUCAGGGGACACAACCCUGCUGCCAAGAUCCAGGCAUUCCAUGUCAUCAGUGGCCACUACAGGUCACAAGCUAAUUCUCUACUGCCAGAAAAUUUUAUAGAAGUGCAUCUGGCCAUCUUGAAUUUUAUUAUCCAGCAGAAGCCGGAGACCGCCAUUGUCGCUCUACAGUUAGAUAUGGUGAUUCUUCCCUGGCAUGUGCGGGAGGAGGUCCGCCGCCUACUCAAGUUUAUGGUGGCUUGUGCUGAGAUGACAGACUUCUCUGUUGAUUCAAAGGUGAACAACGAGACACUGGUGCUAGACACGUUCACAGACUGCAUCAUCAAACACAAAGUGGUCGCCCACAAGCUCGCUCGCGUCCUCGUCCUCUUCCUGAUGAAGAAUUUUAAGACAAUCUUCACCGUUCCCAAGGAGAUUAAGGACAGAGUAGUGGCACGCCUGAGCGAUCUGAAGACAGGGAAAGUCUCUCCAGUCAGAGAUAACGCGUACUGCAGCCAGGUCACCUCAGACGAAUACCAGAAACAGGCUGCCGAAUGCACCAACUCCGCUCUCGUCAUCAUGAUGAACGGCAUUCUUGACGACACGCACUUUACGCUCAAAGAAAAGAAACAACGUCUUCGACAAUUCCAGAAAUGUCAUCCAGACUUGUAUAUCAAAAAUUUCAAUGGGAUGUUGUAAUCAAUACAAAACUAUUGGUGCUUUGUAGACCUUUAUAACAAUGCUCAGAUAAUACAGGGUCCAUCGUCUCAAGUGCAAUUAAUUUAUUUUCAUGUGAUAUUGUACAUAUAUUUGUAUAAAGAGAGCAGUAUUUAUAUCCUCCUAGACAUUAAAAUGUCGGAACUUUUCUGUUAUCUGUAUUCCUCUACUUAAUUAAAAUGAUCUCAUCCUCUCAAGCAGUCUGUCUCAAUCACAACUUUAGAUUGUACGUGAUUUUUAAUCUCACAUUUUUUUUCCACAGUAUUUCCUUUCUUUACAACACAUUGCAUUUAGAUUUAGUCUCAUUCUUAUUUAUGUUUCAUAUAUACAGUUGUAAUGCUGAUAUGUUUUGCACUCUAAUGUUUAUUGAUUGAUUUUGUAUAUCCUGCAUGAUAUUUAUAUUGUAUAGUGCCAAAUCUCUAUAUACGAUCCAGACAUUUGAGUGAAACAUUUAAAUUAUAUAGUCAUAUAAUGUUAGAUCUUGCCAGAUCCUGAAUUUUGUUAGUAUAAACAAUACAUGAAUAUUAUUAUUAACAAUAUUGUAAGUACAUAAAUUGCUUCAUUUUAAAAAUUAAAAAAACGUUAAAUACAAA